GACUGUGCGUGUGUGCGCCAGUGCGUCAGUGUGUUUGAGACACAGCCAGAGAUAGGAUCGGAGUAAGAUCAGCAGAUCAGAAGUGCUAACGGGACUCCACACAGCAGACUACAGCACAGCACAGCAGGACCGGGAGUCCGAGAGAAACCAAGUCUUGAGGAGUUGUUGUGAACAUGCAGAGAAUGAUGGGUUCGGGACGUGUGUGUUUUUUCUGCGUCUGGCUUUUACUCGCACUGCACGUAUCUCUAGCUUCAUUCAUAGUGAAGGUGACCCCAACUGUGGAUGUGCUUAAAGGACAAACUGCCCAGCUGCCCUGCUCCCACACCAACUCUAAGCAAAGCCUGGUUCAGUGGUUCAUUGAGGAUGCAGAAGGCACAAGAAAACGGCUAGCUUACAGGUCUAACCCUGGCGUGUUUGGUGUGGACAGAGACACACCAUUUUCAGGACGGGUUAACAUAGAAGAUGACAAUACACUGGUCAUCUCUGAUGUCAAGGUCAUGGACGAGAGGAAAUUCAUCUGCCAGGUUAAUGCAGGAGUCGUGGGCACCUCAGAGGCUGAGACUGAACUGAAGGUUUUCUUUGCUCCAGAAAAACCUGUCAUGGACGGCAAUAAGCAAGCCAUUACGUUGAGCCAUGGUGAAGACGAUGGCCCUGCAGCUGAGGUGGGCACAUGCAUCAGUUACAAUGGUUACCCUAUGCCUCGGAUCGUCUGGUUUAAAGACUCCAUUCCUCUGCCAGAGGAGACAGAUGAGAAAGAAAAACUAUACAUGGCUCAAAGUGUUAUUAAAGAGUCCACUGGUCUCUUCACGGUCAAAAGAACCCUGUACAUGAAGCUCAGCAAAGCAGACGCCAAGUCACUCUUCCACUGCACCGUGGAGUACAAAAUGCCCAACGAGCAAUUCAAAAAUGAUACCUCGGAAAAGUUCAACGUCUCAAUGCUGUACCCAGCAGAGAAUGCAUUUUUCGAACUGAUGAACCAGGAACCUAUCAAAGAAGGCGAUGAGGUUAAGAUGAACUGCAAGACGGACGGCAACCCUCAGCCUGAAUUUGAGUACUUGAAAAAUGGGGUGCAUUUUCAUACCGGGGAUGGAUGGUUGAUUCUGAAAAAUGUCGACCGCAGAGAUGCUGGCUCCUAUAUGUGUGAGGCACAGGACUUUGAUGCUCUGGAUGAGGCCAAUUUAAAAAAGACACUCAGCAUUAAUGUACACUAUCUGGACCCAGUGUCAGUGGAGCCAGCUGGACCAUUAGUGAUUGGUCAAGGCGCUGCCCUAGAGCUGCAAUGCAAGACCAAGUCUUCUGAUGACUAUUUUCUGUCAUGGAUGAAGGAUGGUCAGAAGCUGGUUCAGAGGGGUGAGCUCUCUAUACAGCCCGUGUCUCUGGCUGAUGCUGGCGAGUACGUGUGUGUUGCGUCUGCCCCCAUGGUGCCAGGCCUGCGAAAAGAAGCUAAUGUCACGGUGACAGUCUCAGGCAAACCAGAGAUCAGUGAGCCGAUGCAUGGGAAGGUUGGUAAGCAGGGACAGAUGGUCACUCUCAAGUGCUCUGCUCUAGGACAUCCUGGUCCACAGUUUACCUGGACACCCCGCGGCAAAGAGUCAGUGACAAUUGAAGGAACUAAGUACAUCAGCACAGUCACCUUGGAGGCCACAGCCGCAGUUCUGAAAGACGGAGUCACUUGUGAGGCCGCCAACAAACACGGGACGGACAGCAAGAAGUUCAUGGUCGAAAUCAGCUCAGACAACCUGAUCGAUGGGAACAGUGCCGGACGAGCUGAAUCUCAGCAGGGUGGCUCCAGUACUGUGGUAAUAGCCGUGGUGGUGUGCGUGCUACUGCUGGUGUUGCUUGUAGCUGCUCUCUAUUUUCUUAGCAAGACGGGCAAGAUGUCCUGUGGCAAGAAAGGCAAGAAAGAAGUUACAUCUCCGAAGGGCAACGACGACAUUGUGGUGGAGAUGAAAUCUGACGAAAAGUCCUAUGAGGAGUCAGGACUGCUCAAUAAACGCCAUGUAGAGAAGUGAAAGUAAGGAAGAAGAAUCUGCUAGAAGAAAUUGAAGCGUGACUGAGGUGUUUUUUUUUCUUUUUCUUUUUGAGAAAGGCACCAACGUAAAGGAGAAGAGAAGACAUUUUUUAAGCUGUAAAUUUUGUUAAGGGCGGGAUUGUUGGAAGGUUGGUUUUUGGAAUUGGGGUUUUUCAUACAAGGGGUGGGAUUAGUGACGAUGGGUUUGAACAAUAGGGACUGUAUAAUGGAAAGUGUUUUUUUUUUUCUUUUUUAUGGGCAUAGGGUAAAUGUUCAGACAUUAUUUUAGUCAGACCACUGAUUAUAACUGUGUAAAGAAGUCAGUAUCGGCAAUUUAAUCCAGUACCAGACACUGUACCAAAUGCCAGAAUCCAAUGCAUUGUCAAUUACUAAAUCACUGUACUGUUGGAUUCUUGCUUAAUGGCAUGAAUGAAACCAUUUACAGCUGAAGUCAAAAGUUGGCAUACACUUGUUGGGUCUUAAGCACUCAAAUGCCUGCAGUUGCCCUGAAUAAAUGCAUUUACUGAAUCCUAUAAAUGUAAAUAUAUACAUCCAGCAACCUGACUGUAUCUGCUGCCCUUAUAAAUACAGCUAGUUUGAAUGCACCCUUUAAAGUGUACUGUUUAACAAAUUGUGAGAGUGGGAAUUUCCCUUGAAUGGACAGAUAAAAUCUAUAAACCAUCAAAAUUCAGACCAUCUACAAAUUAGAACGAAGGAGGGACUGUAUACAGUCGAGCAAGCUUUACAUCACGUUUACAGCCUGUUGUGUAAGUAGAAUGCCACUGCUUCUGUAUUUUGUAAUGCAUUGUUAAUAUAACUAGCAAAAAAAUUCAACUGAAUUUAAGGUGUACACCUUGAGGCCUUUGAUAAUGUAAAGCUUGCUUGACUGUGGGUAGUUUCAACCAGAUUUCAGCAGUUUCUAUUGCAUUGCAGUCCUUUUUUGUAGUUCUUUGGAGUUCUAGCAUAAGAUGACAGUUUAUACUUUUUAAAAGUGUAAUGGCCUUCAACAAACAUGCCCUAUUUUUUAAAGGCAAAGGAAUAAACGUAUAAAAGACUCAAACUUGUGGGUUCUAGUCAUACAAACAUUUGCAGAAACCAUCAAUUUCAGUGCAGAGGUCAAACACUCUAGCCCAGUGGUCCCCAACCACCGGGCCGCACAGAAAGAAUAAAUAAUUAGAGUUCGGGUGUUACUGUCUCGAAUCACCACUAGGUGGGAGCAGCAUCUCGUUGCUUCGAAAAAAGCUUAGGAUUAACACUGAUAUUCCAUUCUAUAGUUAUUCUAUUUAAAAUCCUCCCGUCCCUGCUGGUACGUGAAAUUAUAUCUUAUAUGAAACCGGUGCUGCAAAAAAAAGGUUGGGGACCCUUGCUCUAACCAUACUCGAGCUCCCGAGUUUAUAUCCUAGCUGUGCUAUUGACUGGACAGGUGCCUGUACAGACACAUGAUUACCUGUGUAUCUGUAUCUGCUGCAGCUGGUCAAGGCGCCUAUACAGUUCUUUGCAUGUGAGACUCCGUCCCUUGGCUGGUGAAAAGAAGCGAUUCAAGUGGGUACAUGACCACAUUGACACUCCUAUAUCUGGAGUGUGAGUGGUGACAGCAAUGAGAAAGAUAGGCUCUAAUUGGACAUGACUGCAUUGUUUAAAAAUAAUAAAUCAAAGUAUAAAAAGUAAUCCCGAGACUACCAUGGCAUUCAUGACUCUCACAAGUGUAUGUAAACUUUUGAUUUGAAAUUGUGCCAUCUAUCUAACCCAAUUUAACCGAUUCCUCUGAUUGUUUCUAAACACUGUGCUCAAAGUGGCAUAAUCAUAGCCAUGACUGGUAGAGAUGCCAUGACUGUGAACCUGCAUGCUACUGAAAAUAAUGUCUCAUCCUUCCCUGUGUUGUGUAUAUAUAUAGACAUAUUGUUGUACUACAUGAUUUCUCUGUUUUCAGCACUGCACACAUUUGAAAGUUUGAGAAAACCAAAUGCUUGCUUGGAAGGUAAUAUGUGGAGGAUUGUUCAAAUACAAAAUACAACCGAAUGCUCAAACGGUUAACUAAA